AUGGUAAAACUAACAGCUGACGUUAUUGCUAAACAAACACCUGGCCAUAAUAAACGACGUGCUGAUGAAUCAGUUGAACAUUAUCUUUCACGUCUUACACAUUUACCAUUCCAAAAUCGAGGCAUUGAUUCUAUUGAUUCUAUUCCACCUUGUCGUCUAUUAACAGUAAUUUAUCUUUAUGAUAAUAUAUUAAAUAAAAUUGAAAAUUUGAAUUUUGCUGAAAAUUUAACACAUCUUUAUUUACAAAAUAAUCGUUUACAAAAAUUAGAAAAUUUAGAUUAUUGUCCAAAAUUACAAAAAUUAUAUCUUGGUGGUAAUCAAAUUCAAGUUCUUGAAGGUCUUGAUAAAUGUAUGCAAUUAAAAGAAAUUUAUAUUGAAAAUCAACGUUUACCUGAAGGUGAAAAACUUGUUUUUGAACCACGAACUUUACAAUGUUUAUCACACGUUCUUGAAGUUUUAAAUGUUAGUGGCAAUAAUUUAGAUUCAUUAGUUGAAUUAAGUUGUUUACAAAAAUUAGAAGAAUUAACAGCAAGCAAUAAUAAUUUAGAAAAUCUUCGUGAACUUAUUCAACUUUUAAGUAUAUGGUCACAUUUAAAACGACUUGAUACAAGUCGAAAUCCAAUGUGUACAAAAGCACGUUAUCGUGAACGAUUAAUUGUUGUAUCAACAACAUUAGAAAUGCUUGAUGGAAAACAAAUAACAGAUAAUUCUCGACAAUUUUUAAUGAGUUGGAAAGCUUCACGUGAAGCACAAACAACAAGAGAAAAAUCAAGACCAGAUUUUGAUGAUGGAUCAGGAGAUUAUUUAAAUCAUGGUUUUUCUGUCUUUCUCCCAACUAUUCGUUCAAACGUCGCGCGAGCGCGAUCAAUGGCAAUACAUCAAAUGCCAGCCAUUCCUCGUCAAUCUUCAUUCAGAUUUGAUUAUCGUCGUAAUAUAAUCAAAGCUGAUCUUGGUUUAGUUAAAAAAGGUCAAUUUCCAAUGGCACUUGUAGAAAAUGCUCAUCGAAAAAUGACAUCAAGAUCAAAUAAAUUUUCAGGUUUUUUUGCAUCAAAUAGUUUUAAUAAUUCUAAUACAAACGAUUCUAAUAAUAAUCCAAUUAUAACAUUUCAAGAUCCAUCAACACAAACAUUUUUUAAAUGA